AUGGAGCAGCGAGCUACGCUGUUACAACACUACCGCCGCGAUCGCCGAAAGCUGUUAGAAUUUCUUUUAUCGUCAGGUUUGAUUAAAGAGCUCCGUACUCCAUCUGGUCCUACUAAUUCGCUGUCCAAUCUCAAUUUCGAUUCUCUUAGCGCCGAUUAUAUCCUCCACUGCGUUAAAUCAGGCGGAGUCCUUGAUGUUGCUGAAGCGACUAAGAAGUACUUGGAUGAAUCGGCUUAUCCUGUCUCUAUACAUUCUCAAACGAGGAGCUCCUAUUUUCUUGUUUCUGAUCCAGAUUCAGCUGGGUCUCCUCCUAGGCGUGCACCACCUCCACUGUAUGUGAAACAAACCACUGAUGCAUCACGUUCAUCAAGUCAGAUGGAUUAUUUACAUGUUGAGAAGGCUUCUACGUCUGGGGAUGACUACAGUCCUAGAUAUGAACCGGGGACAAAUGGACCUACUAGGCCUUUAGGGAAUUCAGAAUUUACAAUUCUUUCACUUGGAUUACCUAGCCUAAAGACAGGAUUGUCUGAUGAUGACUUGCGGGAAUCAGCUUACGAACUUUUGCUUGCAUCUAUGUUUUUGUCUGGGGUCGAAGCAAAUUCAGUUGAGGAUAGGAGGAAGGAAAAGACUUCUAAAUUUUUGUCAGGGUUGAAGGGUAAAAGGGAUAAAAUGCGAUCACAAUCUCAGUCUUUAGGAAGAAAGUCAGAACUGAUGGAAACUGUCCGUGUUCAGAUGCAGGCAAGUUAUAGGAUUAUUUCAGAAGCAAUGGAUGCAUGCACUAGGCGGAAUUUGAUGCAGUUGGGAGCAAGGAAAUUGAGUGGACAAAUUGAUCUUACCCAUAUUGCACUUGGGCUUUUGAAUGGAACUUUCAAGUCUGAUUUUCUUAAUGAAAGAUCAUAUAUGCAAUGGAAGAGUAGGCAGGCAAACAUUUUAGAAGAACUUCUAUGUUCUGCUGCUACUGCUACUGCUACAACAACUGAACAUCUAACCAUCAGAAGCUAUGUUGCAAAAAUCAGAGAUGAGAAGGAAUGGGAUACCAUUAUGUCAGCUUCUGAACGUGUUGCAGUUGUAGCAUCUAUUAGACAGGUGGCUCUAAAACUAUCAUCUUUGCCUACAAAAAUUGGUAUUCAAGGUGAAACCUUCUAUUGGACUGCCAGCUAUCACUUGAACAUUAGACUUUAUAAAAAAUUACUAUUUGGGUUAUUUGAUGUUCUUGAUGAAGAUCAGCUCAUAGAGGAAGCUGAUGAAAUGCUGCUGUGUAUAAAAUUAACUUGGUCUGCUUUGGGCAUUACUGAAAAAAUUCAUGAUGCAUUAUAUGGCUGGGCCCUUUUUCAACAGUUUGUUAGAACAGGUGGGAGUGUGCUAUUAGAAAAUGCCGUUCUUCAGUUGCAGAAAGUCCUAUCUACUGAAGAAGAUGAUGGGAAGGAGCAGUAUAUGAAUAGCCUAGAUUAUCAUUUACAUUUCAGUCAGAAACCUUCUAACUUUCAAAUUAUAAUGACCUUGGUAUCAGCAGUAGGGGUUCUGGCUUCUGACGAAUCUGGUGACUUGAAGCUGACAAAAUUAAAUGCUUUGGACGCUAAUGCUUCUAGAAAACUUAAAUCUUAUGUGAAAAGGUCCGCUGAAGCUGCAAUUAGGAAGGUAGCAAGUAAGGUGGAUUUUGAAUCUCAAAUAGGAAGGAUACAUCCUCUGGCUCAUCUUGCUAAAGAACUGAAGUCGAUUGCUGAGGCAGAGUUCAAUUUGUUUCACCCAGUUUUACAUUGCUGGUGCCCUGAAUCUUUGACUGUAUCAGUUGUGCUAUUGCACCAAUAUUAUGGAGAAAGACUGAAACCUUUCCUCAAGGGAGUGUCAUCUUUUUCUGGAGAUGCUAGAUCAGUGCUUCCAGCUGCUUAUAUGUUGGAUCGGUACCUGACUCAGCUAUAUACUUCUGCUUUGGAAGCCGAUAAGUUGCCUAAUUCUUUCAAUCAAGAUUUUGAACUUUAUCAGGUUACUGAAAUGAUGUGGGCAUCAGAAGAUGUGGUGCUUAAAUCAUGCCCCAUCAUUCGUGGCACUGGAUUUUGUUCAAUUGGAGAAAUUUCGAAACCAUUCAUUCUUGAUUGGGUGAUAUCUCAGCAUGCACAUAUCUUGGAAUGGGCAGAACGUGCUUUUGAUAUUGAGAACAACAUUUUGAGAGAUCUGUAUAAGAUAACUGUGAGGAUGUAUUUGUUACAUUCAGUGAAAGACUCGAACAUGGAUUUGAAAACUGGAUUGGAUUGA